GCAGCACAAUCGGUACAAUCAGUUCCAGAAGUUCGCCGUAUCACAUAAAUAUCUAUCAAUUUUCACAGCUGAAUAGUUUUCGGAAACUGCGUAUUCUUGUUUGUACUUGGUGAAAGUUUAGUAUACAGUUGCAAGAUGUCUGGUCGAGACGGAGGCAAAAAGAAGCCCCUGAAGGCGCCCAAGAAGGAAUCAAAAGAGUUAGAUGACCAAGACGUAGCGUUUAAGCAGAAGCAAAAGGAACAGCAAAAAGCAUUAGCUGAGGCAGCAAAAAAAGCCAGCCAAAAGGGUCCUUUAGUCACUGGUGGUAUAAAAAAAUCUGGGAAGAAAUGAUUGUAAACCAACGAGUGAAGUUCGUGUUCUAUCGUGCACUUAAUGUUCCAACUGUAAUAAUUUUGGACUGUCCUACACAAGAUUGCGGAUUCUGUUCAUGUGCUCUCUGGUUAUGAGAAAUAUUCCAAACUUGUAAAUAAAAUGACAUUAUGUACGUGCAUUUUUUUUCACAAUCAACGUUGUGUCAGAUUUGUAUAUCGAUGUUUCUCAGUUAAAGGAUUGUACGUUUUACGUUAAAUGUUGAAUCACGAAGAGAGCGGAACAAUUAAUAUACAAAAAAACUUUGUAACAAUAUCAAUCCUCGUGCAAAGUAUAAUUAUUGAAACAUGUUUGGCAUGAGAAUAAAACUGUGUCCGACUUGGCA